GGGUGGCAAGCAGGGCGGGCCAGGCUUCCUGUCCUCCUCCAGACACAGGGGCCUCCACGCAGGGCUGGCGGAAGUGUCGGGGCCUGUAGCCUCCUGGUGUUUACCCUCUGCCCCAGGGGCCCUGGCCUUACCCCCCCCCCCACGGUGCCCAUCGAUGGAGAAACUGAGGCACAGAGCUGAGUGACUUGGAGCCAGACAGAUACUAGACGGAGGCCAGCAGGAUGUCAUAUUUUGGGGAGCAUUUUUGGGGUGACAAAAACCAUGGCUUUGAGGUCCUCUACCAUUGUGUGAAGCAGGGCCCUGUGGCCACCAAGGAACUGGCUGAUUUCAUUAGGGAAAGGGCCAGCAUCGAAGAGACAUACUCGAAGGCCAUGGCCAAGCUGUCCAAGCUCGCCAGCAAUGGUACCCCGAUGGGGACCUUCGCCCCGCUCUGGGAGGUCUUCCGUGUGUCCUCGGACAAGCUGGCACUGUGCCACCUGGAGCUGACACGGAAACUUCACGACCUCCUCAAGGACGUGCUGCGCUAUGGCGAGGAGCAGCUCAAGGCCCACAAGAAGUGCAAGGAGGAAGUUCUGGGCACUGUGGAUGCAGUGCAGGUGUUGGCCAGCGUAGGUCAGCUCUUGCCAAAGUCUCGGGAGAAUUACCUGAGCCGCUGCAUGGAUGUGGAGCGGCUGCGCAGAGAGAACACCAGCCAGAAGGAGAUGGACAAGGCAGAAACCAAAAGCAAGAAGGCAGCCGACAGCCUGCGACGCUCUGUGGAUAAGUACAACUCUGCCCGGGCUGACUUUGAGACCAAGAUGCUAGACUCGGCCUUGCGCUUUCAGGCCAUGGAGGAGGCCCACCUGCAGCACAUGAAGGCCUUGCUGGGCUCCUAUGCACACUCCGUGGAGGACACCCACGUGCAGAUCGGGCAGGUGCACGAAGAAUUUAAGCAGAACGUGGAAAAUGUGACAGUGGACAUGCUUCUCAGGAAGUUUGCAGAGAGCAAGGGCACCGGCCACGAGAAGCCUGGGCCUCUGGACUUUGAUGCCUACAGCACAGCUGCCCUGCAGGAAGCAAUGAAACGCCUCCGAGGAGCCAAGGCCUUCCGUCUUCCAGGACUGAGCCGGAGGGAGCCGCGUGCCUCUGUUGACUUCCUGGAGUCUGAUUCCGGGGUGCCUCCAGAGGUAGACGAGGAAGGCUUCACUGUGCGCCCUGAUGUCUCUCACAACACCACGGCCGAGCCCCCGCGAUUUUCCUCUAGUGACUCUGAUUUUGAUGACGAGGAGCCUAGAAAGUUCUAUGUUCACAUCAAGCCUGCCCCACCCCGCACGGCGGCCUGCAGCUCUGAGGCUGCAGCUGCCCAGCUCAGGGCCACAGCCGGCAGCCUCAUCCUUCCGCCAGGACCAGGGGGCACCAUGAAACGUCACUCUUCAAGGGACACUUCUGGGAAGCCACAGAGACCUCAGUCAGCCCCACGGACCGGCAGCUGUGCUGAGAGGCCGCUGGCCUCGGAGGAGCCACUGUCCAAGAGCCUCUUUGGGCCGCCGCUGGAGUCAGCCUUUGACCACGAGGACUUCACGGGCUCCAGCAGCCUGGGCUUCACAUCCAGCCCAUCCCCUUUCUCUUCCUCGUCCCCUGAGAAUGUGGAGGACUCAGGCCUGGACUCUCCAUCGCAUGCUGCCCCCGACCCAUCCCCUGAGUCCUGGGUCCCCCGGCCGGGCACCCCGCAGAGCCCACCCACCUGCAGGAUGCAACACCCAGAGGGCAGGGGCCCGAUUCCCCGUGCACCCUCGCCAGGCCCGUGGGGGCCAGAGGCAGGCACAGCCUGGGCUCUUCUUACCCAGAAGUCCUCAGCUCAUUGUUUCUUAAGGGCUAACGCCCCCAGCUCCGGCUGGAGCCAGCCCUGCACUGUCCUCAUCCUAGACUCCACGCUGCCUGCUGACUCCGCCCCCAGGGAGGGCCUGGCUGCACCACCCAGGAGACCUCGGUCCCGAAAAGUGUCCUGCCCGCUCACUAGGAGCAACGGUGACCUGUGCCGAUCCCUCAGCCCCUCCCCUCUGGGAUCUUCUGCCCCCAGCAUCGCCCAUGAUCGGCCUGGCUUCUCCACUCAGAUGGCGCAUGGUAUCUCCCGUGGCCCCAGCCCAGUGGUCCUGGGGUCCCAGGACACCCUGCCUGUGGCUACAGCCUUCACUGAGUAUGUCCAUGCCUAUUUCCGUGGCCACAGCCCCAGCUGCCUGGCUCGAAUCACUGGGGAAUUGACCAUGACCUUUCCAGCGGGCAUUGUGCGAGUGUUCAGUGGGACCCCACCCCCACCCGUCCUCAGCUUCAGGCUCGUGCACACGGCGCCGGUGGAACACUUUCAGCCCAACGCUGACUUGAUCUUCAGUGACCCCUCCCAGAGUGACCCAGAGACGAAAGACUUCUGGCUGAACAUGACGGCGCUGACAGAGGCCCUGCAACACCAGGCGGAGCAGAACCCCACCGCCUCCUACUACAACCUGGUGCUGCUGCGUUACCAGUUCUCCCGGCCUGGGCCUGAGUCAGUGCCCCUGCAAAUGAGCGCCCACUGGCAGUGCGGGCCCACGCUCACGCGGGUCACGGUGGAGUACAGCUACCGUGCGGGCGCCACCACGGUGUCCACGCCGCUAACAAAUGUCCAAAUCCUGCUACCUGUGGGAGAGCCGGUGACCAGCGUGCGUCUGCAGCCUGCUGCCAGCUGGAGCACAGAGGAAAAGAGGUUCACGUGGAAGCUUCCAGAUGUGUGUGAGGCAGGAGGCUCCGGCCGCCUGUCCGCUAGCUGGCAGCCGCAGUCAGGGCCCAGUACCCCCAGCCCCGUGGCCGCGCAGUUCACCAGUGAGGGUGCCACGCUGUCCGGUCUGGACCUGGAGUUGCUGGGCGGCGGCUAUCGCAUGUCCCUGGUGAAGCGGAGAUUCGCCACAGGGAUGUACCUCACCAGUUGCUAAGGUGCUCCGGGACCUCCUGCCCUCCCGCCUACUUCUGCUCCCCCAGCUCAGGCUGGGCUCCAGACUGAGUCAAGACUCCUCCCUCCUCCAUUCCAAGCAGGCCCGGACCUUUUAGUAUUCUUUAAAUAAACACUUUUCUAACAAAAUAAAAAGGAA